AUGCCUCGCAUCGGUAGCCUCGCAGGCGCGAGGGUCAACGAGGCCAAGGUCAGCCAGUCCAUCGUCGGCCGCAACAAUGCGAACAAACCCCACGGGAUCGUGGGUAUGAUCAAGAAUCCCUAUGUUUUCAUGACCUGUGCCUUUGCUUCUCUCGGCUGCAUGAUGUACGGAUAUGAUCAAGGAGUCAUGGGCCCGAUCUUGGUCAUGGAGAACUUUCAGGCUCACUUUCCCACCUUGACCGGUUCGACCAUCCAAGGCUGGCUCGUCUCCGCUCUGGAACUCGGCGCCUGGGCCGGUGCAUUGUUCAACGGAUACUUGUCGGACAGGAUCUCUCGAAAGUACAGCAUGAUGGUCGCCGUUCUCGUCUUCACCCUCGGCACCGGCUUCCAAGUCGGCGCCCAGAACCCCGCCAUGCUCUUCGCUGGAAGAGUGAUAGGCGGCGGCGGGAUCGGUAUGUUCUCGAUGGUGAUUCCUCUCUACCAAGCCGAAAUUGCCCCUCCUGAGUUGAGAGGCUCGCUGGUAUCGCUCCAGCAGCUCUCCAUCACCAUCGGCACUUGCAUCAGCUUCUGGCUCGACUAUGGCAUGCACUUUGUUGGGGGCAGUCACUGUGACCCGGCAGGGGUUGCGCAUCCUUAUUCUUCGACUCACACGUUCGAACCCUACCUGGCCCAUGGCCACACUUGUCUCGGCGAGAAGACUGUCUCCUGGCGGGUGCCAUUGGCUCUUCAGCUGAUCCCCGCCUGGAUCCUGUUUUUCGGCAUGUUCUUCCUCCCAUUCUCUCCUCGAUGGUUGAUGAUGAAGCAUCGCGAAGAUGAUUGUGUGGCUUCACUGUCCAGGCUGAGAAGACUUGAUCCCUCCGACCCUCUGCUGGUUGCCGAAUUUCUCGAAAUCAAGGCAACUGUGAUGUUCGACGAAGAGACAGAGGCUGAAAUGAAGGGUAGCGGCGGUGCUCUCGCCCCGUGGAAGGCGCUGUUUGCACCCAAUAUGUUCAAGCGGUUGAGCAUUGGAUGUUGGAUCAUGAUAUUCCAGCAGUUCACGGGUAUCAACGCCGUCUUAUACUAUGCACCACAAAUUUUCCAAAGUUUCGGUUUCAGCUCAGUCACCACCAACCUGCUGGCCACGGGCGUUACCGGUAUCCUGCAAAUUCUCUUCACGCUACCAUCUGUGUUCUUCCUCGACAACUUUGGUCGAAAGACGUUCUUGAUCGUUGGGGCGAUUGGGAUGUGUAUCUGUCAUGUCAUCGUCGCAUCAGUGGAUGGCGUGUAUGAGGAUAAGUGGGCUUUGGGGCAAGGCCUCGCCAAGACUCCUGGCUGGGUCUCGAUCGCCUUUAUUUGGCUUUUUGCGGUCAACUUCGCAUAUAGUUGGGGGCCGGUAGCCUGGGUGCUCACUCAAGAGCUUUUCCCCAACAGCAUGCGUUCUCGGGGUGUCUCGAUUGUGGCUUCGACUAAUUGGAUGUUCAACUUCAUCAUCGGCCUGACGACCCGUGACAUGAUCAAGUCGAUGAAGUAUGGGACUUACAUCUUCUUUGCCUUCUUCUCGGGCGCAGGCGGUGCGUUUGUCUGGUUUCUGUGCCCAGAAACCAAGAACAAGACCCUUGAGGAGCUCGACGUAUUCUUCGGUGGCACCGUCGAAAGCGUCGCCCAGGCUGAUCGCGAGCGAAUGCAACGCAUCAAUGAGAGACUUGGUAUCUCUGGGGCCGAACAUCCUAGUGAUCUAGCAGGACGUGUGGCUUCUAUUAGUCAAGAGAAAGGAACUCCAAUGACAACAGAGGCUGAGCAUGAGACCAAGGCAUGA